AUGAGUUUCAACAGAAAUAUUUUGUUAGUGCUAUCAAUAUUUAUUACAAUUCCAGCUGUUUACAAAGUGUCUGCAUCUAGCGGUUCCAUCGAAUUGGACGAAAUUUCAUUUGAUAAAAUAAUAAAUACAUUCUCCGCAUCCCUUGUAAAAUUUGAUGUGGCAUUUCCUUAUGGCGAUAAACACGAUGCUUUUGUUGCGAUAGCUAAAGAAGCGAAGGACGUUAAGGAACUAGUCAUUGCUGAAGUCGGUGUUAAAGAUUAUGGCGAAAAAGAAAAUUCUCAACUUGCGAAUAAGUACGGGGCAACAAAGGAAACUUUUCCAGUUGUCAAACUGUUUCUUAAAGGUCAAAAUGAACCUAUUACUUUUGAUGAUUCUCAAGGAUUCACCACUGAUCAAUUAAGGCGAUUUGUUCGACAAAACACCGGCAUCUACCUAAGCCUCCCUGGAUGUGUGCGCGAACUUGACAUGCUUGCUAUUGAAUUCAUGAAGGCAAAUAAGGACAAGAGAAAUGAUGUUUUAAAAAAAACUGAAGAUGCUCUCAAAGUGCUUGACUCUGAGAGUAAAAAUACUGGAAAAAUAUACAAAACUAUAAUGGACAAGGUUCUUAGCAAAGGUGAUGAUUUUGUUAAAACUGAAAAUGAUCGGGUAAAGAAAGUUAUGAGUGGCAAGUUAUCUGAUGAGAAGAAACUGGAUAUGGCACAAAGACUGAACAUUCUACAAUCAUUCCAACUUCAUGAAAUUCAAUAUAAGGAUGAACUGUAG